AUGAACGACAUCCAGAAGACUCUGGAGAUCUCUUGUUGCCAGACUCCGAUUGAGGAGAGGGAGGAGGGAACUGGGGAGUAUACGGAGAAGGGAGAUUGCCACUAUCAACUAUCGAUGGGAGAGUCAGGUCGUGCUCUUUCGCACCGUCGCUUGUCCCAAAUGAGCCAUGUCCACCCUCGCUCAAUCACCUCUGCCACCCCCUCCACCGAUACCGAGCCCGAAGUCAACCUGCCCCCUACCAUCCCGCCCCAAGCCCACUUUCUAGACGGCAAAGGCAGCCUCUUUCGUGUAACCUUCAUCAGCGUAGCAUGCGCGACGCAAUUGCUCGCCCAGUCUGGAACGGGAUUGGUCAUGUUUCCGCUGCAUGCCAUUGGGAAGAAGUUGGGGACUGAUGAUCAGGGGGAGUUGAGUUGGAUGGUCGCGAGUUAUGGGCAAGUUCUAGGGCUCGAAUGGCGACUGGGAGACUUGUAUGGACCGAAGAGAUGGUGGGCAGUCGGGUUAGUCAUCAUGAGCCUCUCAAAUAUUGGUUCUGGGUUCUGUAAAUCUCCCAUCCCAUUCGACAUUACGCGCGCUUUGAGCGGAGCUGGGUCAGCCAUCGCCUUACCUAAUGCGCUCGCUAUCUUGGGUAGGACAUACCCGCCAGGUAAGACCCGUAAUGUGGCAUUCUCCAUCCUCGGCGCUCUAGCUCCUCUCGGGUAUUAUGUGGGCGGUAUGAUAGGCGCCAUAUUCGGACAGCUCGUAAUUGUCGGGUGGAUAUUCUGGUUCGUGGCAAUCCUCAUGGCCGCUCUUUUGGUAGGAGGCUGGUUCGUCCUUCCUCCCGACGAGCCCCACCCCGACCCGUCCCAACGCCACUUUGACUACCUCGGCGCAGUACUCCUCGCCACAUCAUUAGGCCUGCUCAACUUUUGCUGGAACCAGGCUCCUCUGGCCGAUAGGAAAUGGCAAGAACCAUACAUUUACACUCUCCUCGUAGUUUCGCUUGUGGGCUUUGCAGUCUUCUUUUGGUGGGAGAGAAGGAUCGGAAAGAAAGCUUUGGUACCCGUCGAGAUGCUCAAAAAGGAAAGCCUUCUCGUUUAUCUCUGUCUAUGGCUCGGGUGGAUGAGCCUGGGGACGUUUUUGCUAUACUCAUCAUUCUUGCAAGUUUUCUCUCAUAGAUCAAAGUGCAAUACUAACAUCCACCAAAGCAUCUACGACAUCAGGGGUUAUACCCAGCCCCUCGUCCUUGUCGCCCAAAUGUUCCCUCUCCUCCAUAACCUGACCCUCAUCAUAGGCAUGAUGGCAGCCCUCCUCGUACCUCACCUCAUCCACCGCCUCCCAGGCCACAUCAUCUUCCUCCUCGCCAUGUUGGCCUUCACCAUCGGCAACCUGCUCGCCGCUACCGCCCCAGCCCACUCGACGUACUGGGGAAACACGUUUGUGAGCAUGUUGGUCGUGGUGUGGGGCCCGGAUUUGAGUUUUAGUACGGGGCAGUUGAUUGUCAGUGGGAGCGUGGAUAAAGAGUUUCAGGGGAUUGCGGCGGGGAUUGUUAGUAUGAUCACUAAUUAUUCGUAA